UUGAUUUGCUUAUGUUCGUUCCCCCAAGGGCGUUAUUCUCCAAAUCCGUUUUACAAAGCUAUACUUAUACCAGAAAAUCACAUCAAAAAUGCUCCUGAAUUUCAUUUACGAUGUGCUGCAAGCCAUUGCGAAUGCUAUCUACGCAACAGUAGCAACUAUUUGGCAAAUCGAACAGACAUUAAUAAACUUCAUGAUGUCCUCGUUUCUGUUUGUUCUUGGCCUGGCCUGCCAUCCGAUCAUGGUGAUCCCUAUGCUGAUGGGCUGCUUUUACAUUUUGCGCAACUUUUGGUACCGUCGUGUCAAGAAUCCCAGGGUGGAGAACGCUGCUGAUGGAGUCCGCCAUGUUCCGCUUAGUCCACGACUUCCGCCCUAUCGCAACUUUGGAAACCUUUCCGCUCUUAACAAUGAUUCACCCAAGGAAAACUGACUAUAUAGAAACCAAAAGCGCUUUUAAAUUUUGUCAUUAUUAAAAGACUUUGGAGAGUUUGAUUGGUGGAAUACAAUGCAACUGGCGAAUACUA